AUGUCAGAUGGAUUUAUUCCCAUCAUCAGCAUAUUCUAUGCGGUGUUUCAUCCUACCGAGGGGACAAAAAUAGUACAUCAAUUUCCAAAAGAUUUAAUCUCAACAACUUCAACAACAAGCCAAGAAGAUGGAGAAGGUGAUUGUGAAUUUGGUGGUGAUGGUGAAGGAAAUGGUGAAAAUAAUUUUCAAGGAUUAUUCAAAUUCGAUACUGUGAAAAACUUUGUUAUUCCAAAAGCUCAAUUAUGCAAUCAGCUAAUAUCUUUCAAGAUUGAUAAAUUGAAACUUGUUGGCUAUCCUGUUCACAUGAGUAAUGAGAAAUAUGCUAGAAACUCAUUUAGUUUUAAUUUUUGUUUUGUUUUUUCGUAUGAUAUUGGAGAUGUCAAGCCUUAUGAACCUGCUAUCAAAAGAUUAGGACAAAUGUUUCAAGUUUUAGAGGAACAAAACUUUGUAUUGAGCAAAUUGGAUAAAAAGAACUCAUUUUUCAAAAACGGCCAACUUGGAGUUGAGGAAAACACAUUGAAUCAGAAUAUUGACUUUUUGCGAAUGUAUAAAGAUGAUGAUUGUAUAGGAGAGCAAAUUCUUCGAGGCAAUGUGACUGUGAACGUUCCGGGUCAUGCAAGGACAAAGCAGAUCUCAUUAUCAUCUAUUGAAUCCUUGAUUCAACAGAUUUAUCAAGACUUGAACAAUUAUUCUGAAUGCUGUAUACCCUUGGACAGUUCAAACUCUGUUGAUAUUAAAUUGUUCCCGAUCUUGCCUCCUCCAGUUAAUCUUAAAGCUUACCAAGUUCCCAUCGCCACCGUUAAACUUCGAUCGUUAGUUGAUGUCAAUUGGGAUCCUACGAUGGUUAAGAUAUUGCCGUUUAUCGACGGACUCAAUUCUGUAAAGAGAAUAAGUGAGUUGGCUGAUGCCGACUAUUUGAUUACUAAACAGUGUAUUCAGCAUUUGAUGCACUAUAAAUGUAUUAAGAUUAUUGAUAUUUUCCAAUUUAGCAACAUUUAUGCACCCACAAACACUAUUGGGGAUUUCUUAAAAGCAGAUGGUAAGAUGGCGGAGCAGUGCCAGGCGUAUGUUGUAACUGAUGAGAAAGUCGAUUCUAGUAUGAGGUCAUCAUUCAUGUUUUCAUCAUCAUCACCAAACCCGAUGGCGGACUCUAAGAACUCCUCACCAAGCUUUUUCCAUAAAAGACUAGGAUCAUCGUCUAUGUCCCCCUAUUCCGAACAAAGCACUUCCUUGUCCAAUUUCCCUUAUGCAUUUGCCAUUCAAUAUCCCAAUGUCAAAGUGCCCGCAAAGACCAAUUUAUUUUUUCUUUACCGUUCAUUGAACCAAGGUCAAACUAUAAAAGAAUGGUAUCUACAGCAUAAGAAUUUAUUGACAAAUAUUGAUAUUCGACGAUUUAUAAAUUUCGGUAUUUUAAGAGGGAUCAUUUAUCGAGUUUAUUCAUACCCUAUACUAAACUCAAUAACACGAGCAAUUGAAAGCGGUGAAGUUUUACAAUCCCAGCAAUUUUUGGAUAAUCUAAAGAGGAAAAAGGCAGAGAAAAAAAUGGCUAGUGCAACAAAUGACAGACCAUUGAAAUCCACGGUUCAUGAGCACAUGUCAAAGAACGACAUUGUAAGAAGAAGAGUCAGUUUUACUUAUCCCAACGAAGAAGAACCGAAAUACGAGUCAACGAGGAUGCUUGAUGAUGUUAUUAUUGAAGAUGAAAGUGAAGACUCAGAGGAAGAGGAAGACGACGAGGAAGACGACGAGGAAGACGACGAGGAGGAGUUGGAGGAGGAGAAGAAGAAGAAGAAGAAGAAGAAGGAAAAUAAAAAUAAGCCGCAGCAAGCAAAAAUUUCAUUGUCACAGAGAAACUAUGAAAUUGAAGAGACUCAACGACAAGGAAGCGAAAAUGAGGUAGAAAUGACUGAAAAAGAAGAAGAAAUGAUUUUUUUGAUAAAGAUGUUGUUGGGAUUUCAGCACUUUGACUCUAUCUGUACGGAGUUGCAAAAAUCAAGAUCCGAAGUAGAGGAAAUGAUUUCAAGCUUAGGGUCGUUUAGCAUUAUCAACAGCUGA